GAGGCCUCCGUUGGACACCAGAGAGAGGCCACUGGGUGAAAGAAUGAAGCCAGCAAGACCUCCUUAUCCACCUUUUCAUGGGGGCAGAAGGGAAGCAGUGGCUGUGGAACCAGAUCAGGGUCCAGUGUGCUUUGAAGAUGUUGCUGUUCAUUUCACGGAUGAGGAGUGGGCAUUGCUGGAUCCUAACCAGAGAGCUCUGCAUAAGGACGUCAUGGAGGAGAAUCAGGGGAUCGUGGCCUCUCCUGGUAAGCCUCCGUGUGGGAUUGUCCUAUCUGCCAGGAAAUUCAAAAAAUACCUCUAUGUGACAAACCUCAUAUAUUUUCACAGCGCCCCCUACAACACCUGGGAACCUUACACCCCCACUAGAAGCAGUAAAUUACAGUUCUUUUCUGAGAACAAUCUUCCUCCAGUUCUGCCUUUUUCUACCACAGUUGGGCUGAUCUGAACUGCCCAGGCAUCUUAAAUGUCGGCUUCAGAGUUGUUUGGAAAGAUAAGUAGCUUCUGUCAGGAUUUCUGUAUUUGUUUUUGCUGCUGUCAGUCUUGGGUUGACCAAAGAGACAACUGACACUGGAGAUCGAGGGGAUGCCAUGACUGGGCCAAACAACAUCUGCCCCAGAGAAGAGCCAGGCUGAUUGAAUCUCAGGUAGUAGUAGCAGUGAUAUUAAUAGCAAUGGCUGAUUAGAGUGUGUCCAGAUGAGGUGCGGGCUCCCCUGGGGCAUAUCAUAAAUUUGUCCCUUGGCACCGGGAUAUUCCCAGGGGAACUGAAGGAGGGAGUGGUGCACCCGC